AUGCCUCCACCACCGAAAAAAAAAGAAGAAACAGAAGAAGAACACGCAGGAAGAUUAGAGAAAGACAGACUCAAAAAAGAAAUAGCACGUAAAGAGGAAACAGAAGAUGAGCGCAGAAGGAGAUUAGAGAUAAAUCGACUAAACAAAGAAAUUGCACGUAAAGGAGAAACUGAAGAAGAACGCGCCGGAAGAUUGGAGAAAGACAGACUUAACAAAGAAAUUGCACUUAAAGAAGAAACAGAAGAAGAACGCGCAGGAAGAUUGGAGAAAGACAGACGCAACAAAGAAAUAGCACGUAAAGAGGAAACAGAAGAUGAGCGCAGAAGGAGAUUAGAGAUAAAUCGACUAAACAAAGAAAUUGCACGUAAAGGAGAAACUGAAGAAGAACGCGCCGGAAGAUUAGAGAAAGACAGACUUAACAAAGAAAUUGCACUUAAAGAAGAAACAGAAGAAGGAACGCGCAGGAAGAUUGGGAGAAAGACAGACGCAACAAAGAAAUAG